AUGCCGAACCCGCCCUCGCCGAUCUUCCUGGAGGCGGAGAAGAAGUCGGUGGCGGCCUCUAUCUCGCCCCUGGAGUACCGUCUGUGGGUGCCGUGGCCAGAGAAAAGGUCAUCCGUGUUCACCGGUUUCUUGGAGGCCUCUGUAAUGGCGUCGGCUUCUGGUUCACGCUCACGCCUUUCAGAUGCCUCUUUUACCAGCAGUUGUCUCGCUUCCCUCGCCUCCCUGAGGGCUAGUAAGUGCUUGGCCUUCUCUUCUGCGGCGAUGUGCUUCAGUACCUCUUCUCUCUGCAGAGCUUCCCUCGCUCUCCUCGUCUCUUCGGAGCAUUCGGCUGAGAGCGUCUGGACCUGCCGUGGGCAUCUCCCUGUCUCUCAGAGGGGGGCUCUUCUCAAAUGUUGACGUUUUAAAGCGCAGAUGGGUCAGCUGUAAGUUGACCUUUUUCCGGGCGUGAACGAGGUCUUUGCAGGCUUGGUUAUACAUGGCGAGGGUAUUUCGUAGCUCAAGCCUCAAUCUUUCGACCUCGUCACUGUCUUCACACUGCAUAA